GCUCUGGUUAGUGGAGCGGGCACGUUCAGUAGCCAGCCAAUUGGAUUUCCGGACACAGGGAGCCCCUCGCUCCGUGUUUACAUUGUGUUACUUAUACAUAACUGGUAUGAACAACACCCUGGACAGGCUUGUACGUUCCGCCAAGCCGUGAGAGACUGUCAGUCAGGUGUUUGAUGGUAUCCGUUGUCUGGAUAAUACCUACGGCGAAGAUUGAAACAUUACAUAACAAUGUGAAGACGAUGGUGGGUCUGUGCUUAGGAUAAAGAGGAGGAUAACAGCUUUUUAGUUAGGAUAACAGUUUCUAACUGUGAAGAAGACAACUGAUGUCGUUUGGUGGAUGAGGAUGUGAUAGCCAUCAUUACAGAGUGUGUGUGUACAGUGAUUGGUGUUAAGCUAUAUCGUGGAUUGUUGUGAUGGACACUGUUAACAUAACAGUUAACUGUUAACAUAACGGUGUCAUUUUGACAACCCUGCAUCAGGCAAGCUUGUUGUGUCUUGGGUAACGUAGUUAUAUAUCGUGUAUAUCUACCUACAGAAACAGUUGAGUGUUAAACUGACAACUUUGAUGGAUAACUGUUAACCAAGGAUAACUGUGAUAGAGUACGAUGAGAAGGAUAACGGAUAACACAGAUCAGAUUCUAUAUUGAUUACAUGUUACAGGAUAGAUAUAUUGUAAGUGAGAAAGGGAUAUACUCUGUAAAUGAUAACAAUGUGUUAUGGGUACAUUUAAAGGAUGAUAACAUCGAUAUACUACGCACAUUUUAAAGGAUAGCAUGGAUAUUCCGUGUACAUUCUGAAUGUGCUGAUUUGACGAUUAUAUUGGAAGAGAUAACAUUUUUUUACUGAAUCAUCUGAAAACAAUUAUGAUAUAUCGAUUACACAGAACGGAUAUAAGAGUGAUAUACUGAGUUUACAACAAUGAUAUGACAGCGAUAUGCUGAGUGCACAACAAGGAUAUAACUGAUAUACUGAGUGCACAACAAGGAUAUAAUUGAUAUACUGAGUGCACAACAAGGAUAUAAUUGAUAUACUGAGUGCACAACAAGGAUAUAAUUGAUAUACUGAGUGCACAACAAGGAUAAACCGUUAUAAUGGAGAAACAGGUGAAGAGCUACUCUCAGAUCUAUGCCGGAAACUGGCACCAUGGUCCUCAUGUGGUCUCCCGGAGGCACCGCGCCCCACCCCUGGUGAACCUCUCCCCCAGACUGAGGUCCCUCCAGGACGUGGAGACAGUUGGAUAUCCCCUAUACGUCAUAUGGGACGAGAGCCCGGUCUCCUCUGAUCAAGGCGAUGACCCUCCCGACAACGUGACCGACGAGGGAGGAGGGAAAGACCUAUCCCCCGACCCUUCCAGCAAAAGACAAGCGUACCGCUACAGUGUCCCCCACCGUUGGAAGCGCGCCCUGGCGCCCCCGGACUCGCCCAGGAUGAAAAAAGCCCUCAACCGCCUGUCCUGGUCUGGGGAAAACACGUCCCCCCCGGGCCAAGACGUCUCCAGAACCUCGCCAGACUUCGGUGACUCCAGGGAUGUCUCCAACACACUGCCCAGGAGAAGACCUUGCUCAAUGUCUGGAGUUCCUGUGUACGAGACCCCGGUGCCGGAGAAAGGGCGUAACGGUUUCCAGAAUGGGGGCGUUGGCUAUGAUGCCUCCAGGGUGGAGAUGAAUAGUGCUGGGGGUAGCAUGGUACCCCCGUGCAACGCGCUGCCCAGUGCGAGGUCGUACUGUCUGUUCAAACAGCCAAAAUCUGUGCCUUCUGAUUUCGGGUCUCAAGCCGGCCGAAGACACGACUCUUUUGAAAGUGCUCAGAGAGACACGCAUGAUGACUGCAAACAUCUUCGGCGGAGUCAAAGCGACAACACGACGGAGGCGUCGCGGUAUAGGAAGUUUGAUAUUGUGGGAGAGAGCUUUGAUGCAAGGUACCCUUGGCAGAGGGAUGUGUCAGUUCAAUGUGAUAUGAGUUAUUGGAAACAAUUCCAGAAACACAACCACCCAAGCAGUGAACCCUCUAAAUCUGGACUUAUUGACAAAGAUAAUUCUCUGGGAUCUUCUAUGACGAAUGUGUGUCUGCGAAGAAGGGAUAACUUUGCCAACAGAGGGAAGCCAAGGCCUAAUUCAAUAGGUCCUAUUGAUAACUGCAAGUUUCAGAACGAGUUGGCUCGAUUUAGAGAUGGCUACACACGCCGAGGACGAAAAUCCGAGCCUUCUCUUGGUUUGUUCCAAUCGCCACCGCCCAACCGAACACGACUACCAUUGGUCCUCUCCGAUGACACGGGGUCAGUGUCCGACCUUGAAUCCAUCCUAGAGAACCCGGAUGAUUUUGAACACACGGAUCUCUCCAGACAUACGAGCUUCACAUCAUAUGAUGAAGAUGACGGAGACUCACGAUACAACUGUUCGGAAUUAGCCGCAGUCACGGAAAGUUCCGAUGAUGACCGAUUGGAUAUACUGCCUUCACCUUCAAUCUCCCCACAGAUGUGGCGCAGCGUCGAGGAUUAUGGAAACCAGUCCGACUCCGAAUCUUCUUCAGAAAACCGAAACGACAUGUUUAAGCGUGCCGACGUUGCCUUUGUGUCCAUACCCAACACCAGACUUCGUCGACGGCAGCCCCAGAGGAGGUUAAGUUCUGGCAGUCUCACAGACGGCUCGGAAACAGAGAAUGAACCCUCUCCACCUGUCGCCAGGCGAGGCAGGCGAUCCGCCAUCUUUGAAACGAAGAACUGUGGCGAUGUGUCCCCCACUACCCUAUCCCCCGAAGUGUCACCUAGCAACUCCUGUGAUGAAGGGGACGGAGCGAGUAACAUCGCCGAGCGACUACGACGUCGUCGGAGCUCCGUGGACUUAGCUAUGAACAUCUACCCCGGAGAUCUACUUGUUCAGGAACAUCAUAAGAAGCUUAUCAAGAGGAAUACUAUAGCAGACUUCUAUGCAGGCCGCAAUGGAACCACGCAACAACCGCCACCAGCCACCAUAGCAGAGGCCCCUGGAGAUGCACGUGAUUCCAGGAAAGGGCGCCAACCAUUUUCAUUAUUAAAAUUGAUGAAAACCCGGAGUAAAGAAUCUUUGUCUCAACUCGGGGAGCUACUCAGCAAGAUCAAACCGUCCGAAUUCAAAGAUAACCACUUAGCGGCAUACAAAAACUUACACUGGUCCGACCUGAUCGCGAGCUCUGACAAACAGCAGGAAUGUACCAGCUUGUCUGAGACUGAGCGGAAGCGGCGAGAGGCAGUGUGGGAACUCUUCAAGAGCGAGUGUGUCUUCCUCAUUGAUCAUCUCAUGGUACUAAAACAUUGUUUCAUGGAGCCACUCAAGAAGUUGCAAGUGGAGGGGUUCCUUAUGUUCGCCGAGCCACAAGACAUCUUCGGCAACCUCGACGAACUCUGCUACGUCAGUUACACAUUCUGCAAAGAUUUCCUUUCCGCACUGCUAAAGGACAUGAGCUGCACGGAGUUCGGCCGCACAAAAGUCCUUAUCAAAGCGUUCCAAAGAUUUUCUGCUCACUCCAAAGACGGUGCCGUCUAUCAUACGUAUUGCCUCAACUACACAAAUGCAUUAUCAUACCUGGAGAAACUACGGCAAAAUGCAGAGUUUGCUGAAUUUGAAAAGUGGGGGCAGCAGGACGCGCGCUGUAAUCGUCUUCAGCUCUCUGACCUUCUUGUAGCUCCCAUGCAGCAUUGCACCAAACUUCCGCUCCUGCUCAAUAACAUCCGGAAGUACACAGCAGGCGAACUCGAGAAACAACAGGUGACGGAAUCACUUGAGAAGGUCGAAACGUCGUUAAAGCAGCUGGAGGACAAGAUGAAGUGGGUGAGGAACUAUGAGCGCGUGCAGGAGAUUCAGCAGCUGGUGGUGUGGCCAGCUGUCACCGACCUUGACCCCAGGGUCUACAUACCAGAGUGCUUAAAGGCUACGUUGGGCAAGCAGCCGUGUGAGAAGCUUCUCGCUUGCACGAAGAGACAGCUCAUGUAUGAAGGCCAGCUGGCGCUGAUUGAAACGACCAAGUCUGUAGAGGUGCAUAUAUUUGUUUUUGAUGACAUUUUGCUGAUAACCAAGAUGAAAAAAAGCCCAAGAAAGAAACAGUCUGUGAACGAGGUGAGCACCAAGUCGCCAUCUAGCAGUCAGGCAGACAGAUGCACAUACACCGUGUACAGACAACCAAUCGCCUUAGACAGAUUCAACAUUCAUGACGUCACUUCCGUUGAUGCUGCUGCCUGCGGCUUAAAGAAUAUUUUCGUACUGGUUCAGUUCAGCCGCUUUCAACAAAUCAUCGGCGUCUACACACUACAAGCCUCUUGUGAGGCAUCUAAGUCCACGUGGCUUUCUCAAAUCCGCGAAGCUAAGGAAAAAUACAGCGAGCGGGAGACGAGUCGCCAGAAUUCCUUCAAGGAGAACCAAGACCCGAGGGUAGAGCCUCCAGUCCGCUCCCCUCGACAGAUGAACAGGAACACUGCCAUGAGAAGGAUACACGGAAAAUCAAGGUCGAUGGACGCCAUGUUUUUGUGACACUAAUAAGGAAGUGACGUUUAGCGAAACAUGUGUGACGUCAUGCUCAUAUUUCGAUGACGUAUACAGGACCAAACACAUAAACAGAGUUGCAUUUGUGCGGUGUCAAGAGGCGAAGGUUUGGUGCUUGGUCAUAAUAAUUCUUAAAAUAGCCACAGAUUUGUAUGAAAGGGGAAGUAACUCUUGGACUCGAGUUCCAAGGGACACGUGGUGGACCUAGUCAAAUUUCAAAGUAAGACCAUCAUUUUAAGACAUCGCUUUUACGCAUCUGUCGCAACUUUAUUAUAUUUUUCUUUUCAAUUUAAAACAAAAUCCGUUAACCAAGUACCUAAAAAUCCAAUCUCAUUAAAAUCAGAUCUUAGUUCUCGCUACUACCGCUAAACAAAGAUCUUUGUUCAGCGGUAGCGAGGACUAAGGUCUGUUGAAAAUGAGAAUGCUAAAAAUCACACGAUCACAGAGAGACCAUUGAUAUUUUAAUUUAACAUUUUGAUUUACGAACUUGUUGACACGUGCAUUAUGUUCAGGCAGAUAUAACAGGUAUAUUGAUUAUAUUAUGAGUGCUACAGAGGGCUAACGGAAUACUUUAAACACAAACAUAUACGCGUGCGUGUAGUUUUAGUAUCCACGCGCCACAUCACACCUGCAAUGCUAACGGUACCACCAUGACAAAAGGGUUUAAUCUAGUGCUGUUAGGGUGCACGGGUUGCCCAGUCGUCGAAGGCGCCGCGAUUCGCUGUGCAGAGUUGCGUCCCUUGGGCCCGCCAGAAACCUAGGAUUGUCCCAAUUAUGUUUCUAGGUUUGUCGGCACCAUACCCGUGCUCGUGGGUUUCACCGAAGUGGUAAACGUCUGAGACCUGCAUCACUUUGGGCUUUCCUCCCACAUUAAGCUGACACGCCGUGAUAUAACUGGAAUACUGUUAAAAGCGGCGUUAAACCCAACUCACUCACUCACUGGUGCUGUUAAUUGUUCAAAAAUAAAACAAAUAUAAUUCGUUAAAGUUACGUCUUCAAACUACUUAAUCAGGUAAUUUGUGUUGAAAGAGUCUUGUCGACAAUAUUGAUGUGAUAUGCAAACUAAUAUGCAUGAAGUUUGCAUGAAGAGUAUAGCAAUUCGAAAAAACGCGCCGUAGAGCUAUCUACACUGGCUUUUUGGGGGUGUGCGUUAUUGUAAAUGGUAACAUUUUCUGAUCAAUUCAUAAACUGUAAUUGUUGAUUGAAAUUUAAACCACAGAGUAGCACAGUAUUUUCCCAUUUUUCUGUUGUCUCCUAGUUGAAUUUUCCUUUCUUCAGCGAUGUUUUGUUACGUAUUCUUUGUGGCCGACGUGCAGCCUCUUAUUUAGUCUCGCGCGAGUUAUGUCCCUUGAACGCGAUUUAUGUUUUCAACGACUUGCUUAAUAUUUAUUACAGCGUAUGAAAUUUUAAGCCAAAAUUUAGUAUCGUGCUAUUGAUUGAUACCAGGUCUGAUUAAGGAUUUAUUUUUAAGGCUGAACAUAUGUAUUUAUAAUCAUCUUUCUAUUAUUUCAUUUCACAUGCGGACAAUUUGAUAAUUCAAUCAAAGCUUAAUAUGUAACGGUUAUGUAAAAUGGCCAAAGAAAACAUGUCGCUUGUGGGCUAAUGGGCGAGUAGUUUCAGGCGAGGUUCCACAUGUAUUCAUGUGCUAUGGAAUUGGUGGAAUAUUGCUAAAACUGGAGUAAAUCCAUAAGCAUCGACAUUUCGAAACUCAAAAAUAGGCCAUUGUCAUUUGAAACUGAGCAAAACUCGUCAUAUUCUUUCGUUUUCAACUUUGUUCUGAUUUUGUUCGUACAGUUUACACUCGUGUGGCAUCUAAGCCGUACAAGAAGAUAAAUAUAUUUGUCUUAGCAAUAUAUCUUUUUAUUGUUUGUCUCUUAUGAGGUCUGCACAAUUGCUCAACGGUCCUAGAACUUUUGUUUAUUUUUAAGAGAUAAUUUUAUCUGCUCAGAUAUUUCUACAGUGAGGGUACGACUAUUUAUUGUAAUCACCAUUUAUUGAUCAAUUCCUGUUUAUGUUUUUUUGACAUGUUUUUGUCAACCCUUGGUGCAUUGUACAUAGAUUUUUAUAACCAUAAUCAAGUAAAUCGUACGUCAUGCCUAGUCCUACCAUAUUAAAUAUUUCAGAGCGAUCAUCUCGCAUAAGUUCGUUACGAAAUAAUACAAUACAGAAGUAAAUGUAUGACUAAUGCGAUGCUAACGGGUCGCUUUGAUCGUCUAGUAACGGUAAAGCGAAAGGGUAUAACAGUAAACAUUGAAAACCGUUACUCGGGUCCCGGGCACCUGCAUCUAAGCGAUCGCGAGUACUGUUAGAAUCACCUCCUUGUAUAGUAGGGGCAUUGCCCCGUGAAUAAUUUGUUUUAAUGAUACGGACAUUUGUUCAUAAAGAGUCCAGAAUGAAAGGGUUUCUGUGUAUAAAGUAUCGUUUAUAGCCGAUGCCGUGCCCAUUCAUUUGAUGUUCAGAAAGGUGCUGUUGUGUUUGUGAUAGCUCAGGUCAAAUGACAUCAUUAAUUUUAAGAAAUAGAUGCUCCGACUAAAUUGUUAUAGUUCAGCGUGAUAGCUCUUUCAGAACUUCUAAACUAUUCAAGCUAGUGAUCUGGUAACUUGUGCGUUAAGUUCAAAGACAUAACACGCUAGAGAAUAACUCGUCUCGAUUAUCCGACGAUAAUCCAUUGAGCUUAAACGACAAAAUAACGGUAAAAACAAUACGAUCAGGAUCACUGAAAAGCAGUGAUAAUACCAGGUGUUCGAAUUAUCACAGACAUUUCUAAAGGUUAAAACGUUAAGCAUUGGUCUCCCUUAUCGAGAUGAAUCUCCCCAGCCUUUUGCUUUGAGCUGCGGGAAAUCUUCUUUAGCCUUGUGUUAAUAGGACAGAAGCCACUACGGUGUGCACAGAAACACCAUCUAUUAGUUAUGCCAUUGUGCUGGAAUCGGUUUGGAGAGAGUACCAGGGAGCUCUGUUUGUUAUUUCGUUAUUGCAAUGUAUUCUUCACACCUGUCUCCUGUAUCUGUGAUUCUGGUUGCCAUGGCGAUGCAAAAAUCAUUCCAUUGUUACAAGACCUUUUCCAGACUUUUUUGUGCUUUGUUUUCAUUGGUUGGAAACCCGAUCCUAUCGUUUUUUACCCUGCUUGAUAUGGGUACAGAUUAUUUUGGGGUCAAAAAAUGAAUAAUGGACAAAGGAGUUUGGGAUGGGAGGUUGUUUAUGUUGGUGAAUGUUCACAGCGUAACGUGGGCACUGCACGAUUCUGUAAACAGUGAGGGUUCAUUUUGUACAUACUGUGUAAAAAUGUUAAGAUGUAAAUUAUAUAGUUGUGUACUGUUGAUAAUUUUGAAGAAAAAAUAAAUAAACCUGAUAUUUUAA